AUGUGUGACACACUUUAUGAGAACAUGGAUAAUGGUCAGUUGAGUGGUGUUGUUUUCCUUGAUAUUAGAAAAGCUUUUGAUUCUAUUGAUCAUACAAUCUUAUUGCAAAAGAUGAAUGAUCAAUUUGGAAUAAAAAAUGUGGAACUGGAUUGGUUUAAGUCCUAUCUAACUAAUAGAGAGCAAGCAUGCAUUGUCAACGGUGCAAUGUCAUCACCUAAAACGAUUGUGUGCGGAGUUCCACAGGGAUCAAUUCUUGGUCCCUUGCUGUUUUUAAUAUAUAUUAAUGAUUUACCCGAAUGCCUCGAAAAAACUUCGCCACACCUAUACGCUGAUGAUACUCAAAUUUCUACUUCUGCCAAAACUAUUGAGGAACUUACUGAAAAUCUAAAUAAUGACCUGAAAAAAGUCGGUGAGUGGCUUGCUCGAAAUAAACUGCAACAGCACCCAACUAAGACCAAAUUAAUGUAUAUCGGUUCAAAGUAUAAUACUGAUACUAUGACUUAUGAUAUUCCAGUAAUGAUGAAUAACCAAUUCAUAACUCUUGCUCAUUCAUACACAUGCCUUGGGGUUAAACUUGAUGAAAACCUUAAUUGGCAUGAGCAUGUUGAAAUAAUUUGUAAGAAAGUUGGGGCCGGCAUAGGAGCAAUGCAACGAAUUAAGCCAUAUGUUCCUAUAAAUACCCUGCAUACCAUUUACAGAGCUUUGAUAGAACCGUAUUUUGAUUAUUGUAGUCCUAGGCCGUAUUCUGUGGCAUGAUAUCGUUCAGUUCCGUUGCCCGGGUUCGGGCACUACUUUGAAACAAGAUGAAUAAUUAGGAUAAAUUAUACAAAGUCCAAAUCCGCUUGUUUGCACUUCCCAAAACCUGCAGCCGUUUUCGAGUAUUUCUUCUUCGAAAAUUCAAUAAAUCGACAUCUUUCGCAAGCAGUGAACUAUAUAUAUAUAUAUAUAUAUAUAUAUAUAUAUAUAUAUAUAUAUAUAAUUCAAUUUAUUUUGGUUGUCCAGAUAUAUAAAGUGCUCAAUACUAAAAGUAUAGCAGAGCUUAUUAGAUUGUCUAUAUCUUAAAAUUAAAUAUCGCUACUCUGAGUUUCACGUCCUUUCUAGACGAUCAUCAGGCGAUUUUGUUCACGAUUUUGUUACUGAUUACGUGACUGCAUCAUCAUCAACCGUUCGCUGACACGUUAACUUGUUUGUUCGCGCGCGUUCGAAUUUCCCGGCGCUGAAUUUUUCUCGAUGGCGACAUUUCGCGAAGAACUCGGAUCUUUUGUUCAACAGAUUGGUUUUAUGUGAUUUCAUGAUUUCUAAUUUCUCUUCUAUGCACAAAUUACAACGCCUACCGCCAGGUACAUACGCUGCUGCUCGUUUCAAAAUGGACCACUUAAUACUGUAUUCCCUUUUCUUGUCCUUCAAAUCCCAUACGUAUUUGGAAAGUUCUGUGUCAGACGAGUACGCAGGCUUAUUAAACGACUUUUUGUGAUUUCUGUAUCUAACCUUGAACUCCGUGGAAGUCAUUCCAAUGUACUCUUUGGUCGUUCCAUCAUGGGGCGUUGUUAUUUCUGCCUUAUAAACUACGUUGCUGGUCAAACACUUAUAUAUAUAUAUAUAUAUAUAUAUAUCUGGUAUGAUAACAGAGAGCGAAAAGUGAAGCCGACAAAAAAAUCACGACAUAAGUAUUCGUCAUUGUCUUCGUCAUCAACUGUUCAAGAACUUUCUUACAGUAUUAAAAAUCACUUACAUAUAAAAUUUGUAAUUGUUUUGAAAGUUUUUAUCACAGUUCUUAUAUCUUUAUUCACUUUUAACCUGAAGAUGGAGUUAUACUCCGAAACGUAGUUAUUAAAAUAAUUUUUUACUAAGCCCAUAUGGUAUAAUUUAUAUUCAAACACAUGUACAUAUUCAUUUACAUUUUGCUGGCAGGCAAAUUCCGAUCACACAAUAAAUUCUUUAAAAAAUAACGUAACAGUGUAUUGACUAAAAACUAUAAAACUGGUAAACUAAAAAACAAUUCAAACAAUCGCGAAAAAUGGCAACGGCAAAGUCACAGUUGCAAGUCAAUUUACCUACCUGUGAAAUGAAAUUUUCUCGCAAGAAUAUCUCUUUCCUUGCGCAUCCAGAACGACAGUACUACACAAUAUAUUUGAAAAAGUGAUUCUUUUCUCCACACGGGGAAGUUUUCCUCGACUUUUUUCCGACAGCGAACUCAAUGCAGUAAAUUUUAGUAGCAAAACAGUUUGCUCCAAAAAUGUAUUGCAUUGAGUUGGCCAUGUUUUUAAAUUUUUUUCGUGAUUGCGUUCAAAUUUAUACUGGCCGUGCAACGGUUUGCAAGAGGGGGAAUGAAACUGACGUCCAAUCCGCGUAAAACUGACGUUUGAGGGACUAAGACUGAAGUCCAAUCCGCGUGAGAGACUGGUAUCGAGGCUUCAUUGUUUUCACCAUCAAAUGACUGAAUGUUAUCAUUCCCGAUAUAUAUAUAUAUAUAUAUAUAUAUAUAUAUAUAUAUAUAUAUAUAUAUAUAUAUAUAUAUAUAUAUAUAUAUAUAUAUAUAUAUAUAUAUAUAUAUAUAUAUAUAGAGUUCACUGUUCGCAAUCGAUCGCCGCCAUUUUUGUUCAGGAUACUUGGUGUAAUAAACACUAUAACUGGCGAUUUUCGCGGGCUCACGCUCGUUCUUACAUGAAGUUUCCAGCUUAGCCAUUUGUAAACAUGGCGUCUUCUGACUCAUGUUUAAUUCAUUUUGAUGGGAAAAAAGGCCCACUUACAAGUUUUAGUGCGGUUUCGUAUCAAAAAAUUUUAGAUUGUCGUAGAAUUUGGCUAACGCUAGACGGGGAAGAACGCAAUGUUGCUCAAAGAAGUUUGCAAUUUGUUAGCGACAGCAUGGAAAGUAGCACGAUUGAAAGUAUCGAAUACGCAAAUUUCUCUUACCAUCGAGGUUGUUACUCGGCAUUCACAAAUAGCCGUAUGAUCAAACGAGCUCAAGUGCGUUGUCAGAAUAUGGACAAAGAAGGUGUGCCUUCAUCCUCUGGUAUUGAUAUUACCGAUGAAGAAACGGAAUCAGAUGAAACUCCACCUGUAAAAAAAAUGCUGAGAUCUACGCUGAGUUCGCGUACGGGUGCGGCGGCUAAAUCACGGAAUCCCCACGUGUUGCCAUGCGUUUGUAUAAUUUGCAAAUCAGAAAAGUCGUAUUUCACUGAAUCGGUAAGUUUAUUGAUUUAUUUUUUUACAAUUUAUAUUGUUAUUUUUCUAAUAUGUGUUGCAUAGUUAUAUAUUGAUUGCAUUACCUUUAUUCGCCGUUAUAUAGACGGUAAUUGUGUGAUUUCUAUACAUGGGUUUUCUAUUAUUUAGAAGUCGAAAAAGCGAAAGCUGGACAAAAUGGUAUCUGCAGAAACAGUAGAUGGUGGUAAACUGAAAGAAGCUGCAACAAAGAAAGCUGAUGAAAGUAUUUUGAUUCAAAUUGCUGAUAAGGACCUAGUAGCAUUAGAAGUGAAAUAUCAUAAACGUUGUUAUGAAAAGUACACAUCAUUUCUUAGGCACAGCCCCAGUACUCAAUCAAAUGACAAUGAAGGUGAAAUGCAUGAAUGCAAGUAUGAAGAAUCAUUCAAUGUCUUCUGUGAAGAGUUUGUUAAAGAAAAACUAUUUAAGCAGGAGAAUAUAUUUUACAUGAAAAAGUUGAAAAGAGAGUUUGUCAAGACAGUGAAACGUGUUGAAAACACUGAUGCCUCAACUUAUAGAACAUUUCGAUUAAAGCAAAGAUUGGGUAAAAAGUUUCCACAACUUGUUUUCCAUAGACCAAAGGUACGGAACAAGAGUGAAAUUGUUUAUGCAGAGUGCCUCAGCCAAGCAAGUGUAGCAGAAAGUUUUAUGGAUGAUGACAUAGAAACGUCUCAGAGUUCACAAGAGUCUGAGUCUGAUGAUGACAUUGGAACGGAAGCAUUCACGUACACAAGUGCAACAGUGAAAAAAAUAUAUACAGUUGGCCUAACAUUGAGGAACAACUUGCAUGAUUGUACAUCAGCUUGGUACAAGAACUGGCCACCACAUGCAUCAGAUAUUACUGGUGAAAACGUUAGAAAGUUAGUAUCACCUCUCUUGUUUAAUUUUUUGGCAUGGAUGCUUGGGUUUUCAGAUGACCCAGAAAAUGCUGAUUACAUUGAAUUAAAUGAGCAAACUACAACAAAGAUUUUUUCUCUGUGUCAAGAUUUGGUCUAUAUUUCUAAUAAGGGGAAAGUACAGACACGCAAGUCCCUAGCACUGGCAAUGACUGUUCGGCAGAUGCCUGGUUGUUCGGGCCUGAUUAAGAUUUUGAGUGGUUUUGGACAUUGUGUCUCAUUGUCUUCGACAAUGGCAUAUGAUUCAGCUAUUGCACAGGAAACUAUCAACACAUCAAACAUUAUUCCAAGGGAAUUUGUUGCAAAGGAGUAUGUCAAUCUGGUUUAUGACAACAUUGAUUUUGGAGAAGAAAUUGCUAAACAGACUCAUGUUACCAACGGGAUCAUUACCCAAAUUGUCUGUGAUCAAAAACAGAUAAGUUCAUCAAACCAGACAACCCUAAUAAAGAAGACACAGCGGGCAGUAGAAAUGCCUACAACUGAUAUUGUGCCUUACAGUAUUGGAGUAAAGAAAACACCUACAUUUCAAAGUAUUGAACUGGAUCCUGAAUGUUUGGAACUUACUUUAGUAGAUGACUCAAAACAGACAGCUUCUAAACUUGAUUUAGCCUAUAUCUUAAUCAAAUAUAUAUAUGUGCUGCAAAUGAAGAAGUAUUACCAGGAAGGACAGGGUUUAAUACCAUGCUCUUUAGUAAAGAGCUACCACAUGUAUCCAGGGUUGGCUAUUUGCCGGUUAUUGAUGCAUCACCAACAGAAUAUUCCACUAUCAACACAAUGCUUACAAGGAGCAAAGAAAUCGCUGAUAAGUUGGAACUGAAAUAUGCGGUGUUGGUUUUUGACGAAGCUGUAUAUGCUAAAGCUCAACAGGUUCGCUGGAAGGAAGAGACAUUCUUCAAUCGAUUUGUUGUUCGCUUUGGUGAAUUCCACACUAUCAUGACCUAUCUGUCGGCUAUGUCAAAGAUAUUUGAAGAUGGAGGCCUAAAGGUAAUUAAUUUAACACUUAAUUAUCUACCCUAAGUUAACUUGACUGUGAACAAAUCUCAUACCCAGGCUUGUUAGGGAAACAGGAAUUAUUAACAAAUAAUAAAUUUGUGGCGGUGCUAAUUAAGAAACAGUGAAACUGAACAGUAACAGUUUCAUUCCACAUGCAUUCUGUAUAUGUUUAUCAACUAAAACAUGAUUUUUUUCUUUUUGUAUGUAGGAUGUAUUUAUAGAACCUGGUAUUGUGAGCGAAGGAUCAAUCCAAGGCGUCCUUUCUGGUAAACAUUACAACAGGUCAGUGUCGUGUCAUAAGAUAAUGUAUGAAGCACUGCAACGCCUAAGAUUCCAAGCAUUUAUGGAUCAAAUGACCGAAGAAGACCAAGAAGUUAUGACUUCAUUCAUUGAGAGCAUGGCAGGCUCGUUUCCGGAAGAUAAGUUCCUGAGUGAUGAUAUAGAAAGUCCUUUGAUGCAACAGAUAUUGGAAUCCUAUGAACUAUUUAUAGCAGAGUCAUCCAGUAAAUCAAGGACAUUUGCCUUUUGGACCAUGUAUAUUGAAAUGGCAGGUAAUUAUGCUGAAAAACUCUAUAUUUAUUAA